UUUCUAUAUCGCGAAUGACAGUAUUUAUUUUUAAUAAGGCGCGAUAUAGAGACGAAAUUCAUUUCGAGCGCGCGAAUACUCCGCAUUAUUGACCGAGUGACAGCCGGUCUAUUUUAUCGACCAAGUGCGGAGCAUCGAGUCGGUUGCGGAUGACAAAUCCGUCAUCGCGGUCUGUCCACGGUGUGUCCCGGAUUAUCCUUAUCGCGGACGUCUCUUCUGGCAGCAAUCAUGAUCCUGCUGGAGAUACACAACAGGAUACUCGAGGAAACGCUGACGAACAAAAUCAAGAACGCCUUGUCGGGACACAAGCAGGAAUCGACAGAUGUUAUUAUAGCUGAUUUUGAUGGGGUAUUAUUUCACAUUUCAAACUUCAGCGGAGACAAAUCGAAGCUUAGAAUAAGUAUUCUGCUCAAAUUUUAUAAACAGUUGCAAGAGCAUGGUGCGGAUGAAUUGCUCAAACGAGAGUAUGGGACUCAUCUCAUCGCGCCAGAAAGCGGUUACAAUGUAUCAGUGCUCAUAGAUUUAGAAAAGUUACCAGAAGACUGGGAGGGAUUAGUAAAGAAAGUUGCUCUGCUGAAGAGACAUUGCUUUGCCAGUGUCUUUGAGAAGUACUUUGAUUUUCAGGAAGAGUAUUGCGAUUCUCCGGGUAGGCCAGUACAGAAGAGGGCUGUCAUCCAGUAUCGAGAUGAGGAAACAAUGUAUGUAGAGGCCAAAAGCGACAGAGUCACAGUAGUAUUUAGCACAAUAUUCAAGGAUGAGGAUGACAUGGUCAUUGGCAAACUCUUUCUUCAAGAAUUGAAAGAGGGCAGGCGAGCAAGUCACACUGCACCACAAGUUUUAUUCAACCAUCGCGAGCCACCGUUGGAGCUACAAGAUUCUGAAGCGGCAGUUGGAGAUUGCAUUGGCUACAUUACAUUCGUUCUGUUUCCACGUCACACCAAUCGAGAAUCGCGUGAUAACACCAUCGACCUGAUACACAUGUUUAGGAAUUAUCUGCACUAUCAUAUUAAAUGCAGUAAGGUUUACAUUCACUCGAGAAUGCGUACUAAGACGACGGACUUCCUUAAAGUGCUGAACAGAGCGAGAUCUCAGACCAAGAACACUGAGAAGAAGACUAUCACAGGACGAACAUUCAUCAGGAAAGAAUGAGUGUACCGGAGGAGCGAAAGCGUUAACACUUCUUAAGGGGAGAUUAGAGUGCGCGGUUAGAGAAAGUGCGGUGUCGGAAAGGUCUCCUGCAAACAAGAUUUUCCGCGAAGGCAUUCCUUUAUUCGUUCGAGAUAUCGGCGAAUUUAAGUGCUUCGGGGACCUUUGAGUUUCAAUCCGUUUCACAAACAGUGCCCUAUAUUUAGGAAAGAGCGUAGCGUCGCGUUUAAGUGAAGUAAGGAAGCAACGCAGAAUCACACAGUUUCGCGUCGGUUUAGUUAAGCAAUUAUCCGGAAAGAAUAUUCGAAGACACUAUUGUUACAAUCUGUGUACUGGCGGGUUGACAGUUAAUACUAUUACAAAUAUUGCUCGUUACGCAAAACACUUUGUCGAUUUUUACAGUGUGAUUAGAUUGGAAUACAAUACACACACCGCUGAAACUUCAACAAGUUUGGAUUCCAUUAUAUAUUAAGCUGGUUGUUACAAUGAAACAAUUUAUUAUAUGUUACAUUCUCAAUUACACAUUUGGCGCUUUGUCAACCGAA